AUGGCCCAAGCACCUCAACAGCGACCCCCUGGACCCCCAGGAAUGCAGUUCCAAAUGAUGCCUAGACUAGGGACCACCCCGUGGACCUCUCAUGCCCCAAGGGGGAGCAAACAAAAAAGUAGAGGAAUGGUCAGCAAGGUCCACAUCCCGGUGGACCCAGACCUAAUUGGAACAUACCACCCGGUCUACAUCCACUCGCCGUUCGAGGUGGCGACAUUGGAGAGCCGUUACGUGUUCAUUUCGGCUCACCGCUCGGUGGGGCUGGAGUUCACUUCGCAGGAGAUGCUUUCGGCGGAUAGCGUGCGGUUCCUCUCGGUCGCCCAGCGAGGCUGCAAGUUCAUGGAGGACGUCACCUACUCGAGCAUCCCCGUCUACAGCUACAACAUCUGCAAGAUGCACUGCAGGAAGCAACUGGCCAUCAAGCUUUGCAACUGCUCUCCGUACCUCUACUUUCACGUCGAUCCGGUUCAAGUCUGCGACGCUCACGGUUUGAGGUGUAUCCAGAAACACUUGAAGUCCAUUUUAAAGUUUGAGGACACAAACGGCUCUAAAAUAAACUGUGGCUGCAUCCCGAAUUGCAACGAAGUCCUUGUCACCUCGUUCACAGAUGAAAAUACGGUCUGGUAAGC